GUGGAAAAUCAGGUUCGCUGUCGUGAACGCUAGAUGGUGCCACGUGCACCGAAUGUGCAAAAUCGUUUGAGAUUGAUUUGCUGAUUGUGCUGAUAGUGGGUGAGUCGACUCGUGGACGACAUGAUUGUCGUUCAUGUCGUCAAGUGUAGAGAUUCGUUUUACAAUCAGUACAAUAUUGUGAUUGUGGCCGCGGCGUGUGAAAGCUUUCGUGAGGAUGCCGAAGAAGAAGACGGGACAGAGGAGAAAAGCGGAGAAACAAAAAUUGAGACAGAAGGAGAUAAGGACCGCGAAGGAUCAGUUGGAUUUAGCUAAAUUUCCAUGCAAUGCGGUUAUGGAAUGUGACAAAUGUGGUAAGAAGCAAAAGAGCAGAGCUUUCUGUUAUUUUUGUCAAAGUCUCCAACGGUUACCCAUGUGCGCACAUUGCGGAAAAGUCAAAUGUAUGCUGAAGACAGGUGAUUGCGUCGUUCGUCAUCCCGGCAUAUUUACCACGGGUUUGGGUAUGGUGGGAGCUGUGUGCGAUCAUUGCGAAGCCUGGGUUUGCCAUGGAAGACGCUGUCUCACGUCCCAUGCGUGCGUCUGUCCGUUGACAGACUCUGUUUGUCAGGAAUGUGAGAGAGGUGUUUGGGAUCAUGGUGGUAGGAUAUUUCGAUGUUCGUUUUGCGACUGUUUCCUUUGCGAGGAUGAUCAAUUUGAACACCAAGCAUCGUGUCAAGUGUUGGAGGCAGAGAAUUUCAAAUGCCAAUCUUGCAACAGGUUGGGUCAGUACUCUUGCUUAAGAUGUAAAACGUGUUACUGCGAAGAUCAUGUUCGAAGAAAAGGAUUCAAGUACGAGAAGAACAAGCCGAUACCGUGUCCUAAAUGUAGUUUUGAAACGUCUCAAACGAAAGAUCUUAGUAUGUCGACCAGGAGUCAUAAAUUUGGUAGACAAAGCCAAGGCGGAAUGUACGAAUCCGACGCUGAUGACGAUUACGUCGACGACGAUCUGGACGACGACGAUGACGAAGAGGACGACGACGAGAGUGGAUGCGACUAUUACGGAAAAGGUGCGGAUGACGAGGAUGAGGAGGGUGAGGAAGAACGAGAGCACGAGUCAUCGUCGUCGUCGUCUUCGAAUGGCGAAAAGGAGACAGAGAAAAAUUGUAAUGAUAAAUCGAAUGAAAAAUGGCAUUCAUGAAUAAUAAAGAAUAGGUAUCUCUAUGUGGUUCCAUCAUCGUCGUCGUCGUCGUCGAAUUGAAUCGAGUAACCGAUGAGAAAUGUGCAUUACCUCGAUACAGUUUCAUUGCUGUGAUCAAUUCAGUAGUUCGUUCAUGACAAAGUUUAUUUUUUUUCUUCGGUUUGCGGACAACAGAAUGAGAUACAAUUAAACGAAACAAAUUAUAAUAAAGAAUCGAUAUAUCGUG